AUCAUUUUCAUCCACAAAUGAUUCAGUCGAGUACUGAACAGGAAUAAACGAGUGAUUCUGUCAUCAGGGGGUGGAUUUUUGUGGAGAUAAAGUCGAGGUGAACAUCUGGGGUGAGGAAUCAAGGAGAAAAAAUAUUGGAAAUUAUUUUUUGGAGGAUAUUGUCAAUGCCAUGGACGUUGGGGUGGUGAAAAUAGCUGAGGACAGGGACUUUGAGAAACUCAAAAAAUUGUACGAUGACAAUAAUGACUGGAGAUUGGACUACAACAAGCCAGACCUCUCUGUCUGGACCAAGUCGGUGCCUGGAAUUAGUUUUCGAAUGGUCAAGAUAAGAACGAGAUUCAGUGAUGUACAGCCUGAGACUCUCUACGAUGUUCUUCAUGACCCUGAGUACAGAAAAGUCUGGGACACGCAUAUGAUCGAGUCCAGAGACAUCGGGUUCUUCAAUCCUAAUAACGAUAUUGGCUAUUAUUCUAUGUCCUGCACGUCACCUCUGAAGAAUCGCGACUUCGUUCUCCAGAGGUCCUGGCUGGACACUGGAAGAGAGCAACUGAUCAUCAAUCAUUCAGUCUACCACAAAGACUGGCCCCCAAAAAAGGGAUACGUUCGAGCGACAUCUUAUCUCACAGGAUUCAUCGUGAGGCCCUCGAGAAAUGGUGAUGGUGCAGAGUUGGGAUACGUAUCCCAUACAGACCCCCAUGGAAAGCUACCUGUCUGGUUGGUCAACAGAGUCACACAAAUCUUCGCCCCAAAGAUGGUGAAGAAACUACAUAAGGCAGCAGUCGCUUAUCCCACGUGGAAAGAGCAGAACCAACCCAACUGCAGACCCUGGCACUUCCCAGAGCAGAUAAUGGCACCUCGAAUACGUCUGCAAGAUUGCAUAAAAUCGAUCGAAGAGAAGAACAUGAAGAAUAGUUACGUCGAUGAAUCCGAUGUGAAGGAUACUCUAGUCAAGGAUAUAAUAAUGAUGGACAGUGACUAAUCAAAGAUAAAGUUUCUGUCGAAUUGCAGUAUUAUUUCAGUAUACUAAUUGAAAAAGCGAUAAAGUAUCAAAAUGAAUGAGCAAAGAGAAUGAAAAUUUUACUUUUCUAGGGUAAGUCUACAUGUGAUGCUACUCAAGUGCUCGUUCGAGUUUCUUUCUGGUCGUUAAUAAAAGGCUGAAUCCGUGGCUAAAUCCUGGAUGGAUAGAUUAUUUAUAUUUUAAAAUGGCCACUUGAUAGAAAUAAAUUAGUGUUGUUUUUCUCGUAAUUUUUGAAAUACUGGAUAGUGAUUUCUCAGAAGCAUCUGCGUUUCACGGAGAUGUCAAACAAGAGUGGACAUUAUGUUAAUUGAUUAAUGAAUUUUUAUGAGAGAGAGAAAGGGAGAGCUAGUAUGGAUAGGGGUAAAUGGACAAUUGAAAGAUAAUUCAAUUCGUUUUAUUGCAAACAAAACAAUUUAUCUCCAAAGCUAUUGAUUUUCUGAAGAAAUGUGUGAAGAUCUUUUUUAUUCGAUAUUUAAUUGACUAUAGAAAAGUCCUUUACUAUUUCUUUCUCAAAUCGAUAGCUGUCGAGAUAAGUCCUCUGUGCAAAUCAAUUCCCCGAGAAAAAAUUCUUCUAUUCAAUGAAAUAAGAGAUUGAUUGAGCGUUCUGAAAUAAUUUGGAGUGUCCAAUUUACCCGAUUG